GCACAUCGGUUGUGCGCCUAUUGAUCGCUCUAGUUCGCACAGCAUGACCCUGUACUUCAUGUUGAUAAUGGGAUGUCUCUUGUACUUAUACUUUCCCCAGCUAUUUGCUUGAGCUAUAACUUACUCUGUUGUUAUGUGUAACCCCUAUUAGCCUGUACUAUGGUCUUUACUGCCUGUUUUCUACUUGUAGUGUCAGUUUCAUGACGUCGUUUGUUUAUGGACCUACAUAGCUUUCAGGUCUCCUGAUGGUGGCUAUGAGUUGGACUCCAUCUCCGCUCGGAAGUGCUGACAUCAUGAUGUCACUCCCUGCCUCAGUCGCCGAGUGACCGCCUUUCCCGCAUCCGUUCAUCAUGACCUCUGAAACAGCUAGAACAUACACCUUUCUCGUAACACUGAUUCUUCUUGUCGCUGUCACAUUCACCGUCAUAGCUCGUAGUAUUAUUCUCCGGCGACGAGAUCGGCAGUUACUUGCUCAAGCAACGAAUGAGCGAUUUGCUGCGGAUGUGGGACCGUCGAUUUACGGAACACGGAGACGACAGAGAGUCGUCGGUGAGAAACCUGCCCUGUGGCAGAUGUGGACCCGGAGUCCCGACGAUGUACGCAAGGAGUGUGGGCGGGUGGUCUGGACUGACAUCAAGCCUGUGAGUAUCGCAUAUAUCGACAAGGAAGAGGACAAGGAGCAACCACCCCAGUGUCCGCCACUCUUACGAACGCAAAAAGUCCGGGGGCCAUUUCACAGACAUCCCCCAUCUUCGCAGGAAUCAUCCACUUCGUUACCCUGUUUCGAAGCACCAUCUUCGGGUCUGAGUGAUACCUUCCAAUUACGCAUUUCCGUACUUGUAGCGAUGCCCGCGCCCGAAUAUUCCGCUUCCUUUUCACCUCCGUGGAAAGACAGACCACUUGAAGUGGAUCGUCUUCCCCCAAUAGAAAUUGGCGUUGUGGAAAUGGAUGUUCACGGGUGAUUUUCUUUACUGGACUACAUCGGAUUGUAUACUCUUAUGCAUGGAAAGGACUAUGGAACUGUACCGUACUGUACAUGUAUUAAUUCCCCUGAACCCUCGAGUCAGCGCUUUCGCCUAUGUUGAGGAUAUCGGCUUGGGCCAGCUCAAACAAGGGUACUUGACG